AUGGGCUCUCUCCUACCAACUGAUGGCCACCGUCCGAAAUUUGCCCAGCUUUAUAUUUACGAUACCGAAAAUGAGGUAACCAAUAGGAUCACAGCACUUGAUGCAAAUGGUAAUCUCGAGAGCAUUGAUAGAAGUAUUGUUGCAGAGUUGAUAGAAAUGUUUGAUAAUCAUAAUGAAAUUGUUAAAGCAUUUAGGAUGGCAAGAGAUCAUUUUAUACAUACCGAUUUCUUACCGUUGAGAUUACGAUUGAUUGGUGCACGUAGUGGGACCUUGGAACAAUAUAAUCCUCCUUCAUGUGCUGAAAUUGCUGGUUUGAUAGUUGGUGAUCUGGGUAGCGUGGAUCGGCAACGUGAUAUUAUUGUUGAGCAUAAAACAGAAGGCUUAAAACAUAUUAGUGAUUUACACCCUUCUUUUAUCGCUAUGCAAUAUCCCAUUUUGUUCCCCUAUGGAAGAAAGGCUACAAUAUAUCAGAAGGAAUCAGGGUAUUUAAGAUCUGAAAUAUAUCAAGGUAUUAGAGAUGCUGUUGUUGAAGGAGAUAUAGAUGGUAAUGCUAUUGGCAAACGGAUUAUACUCCCCUCAAGUUUUACUGCUGGAUCUCGCUAUAUGAUACAAAAUUAUCAAGAUGCUAUUGCUAUCUGCAGGCAUUGUGGUCCUCCUGAUUUAUUCAUUACCUUUACCUGUAAUGCACAAUGGCCUGAGAUCCGAGCUGCUUCAGAAUUUAUUCCUGGCCAAAAGGCUGAAGAUAGGCCUGACAUUGUUAGUAGAAUGUUUAAACUGAAAUUAGAAGCCUUAAUGGAGGAUAUCAAAAAACGUCGAUAUUUUGGGAAGUCAGUUGCUGAGUUGUAUACUGUGGAGUUCCAAAAAAGAGGGCUUCCUCAUGUUCACAUGUUAAUAUGGUUGCAGACAGAACAUAAAUAUUCGACAACCACAGAGAUAAAUGCAAUUAUUUUGGCUGAAAUACCUGAUCAAGUUAUAAUGAUCCAGUUGGCUAUGCAGCUGUUGCAAAAUUUAUGGAGAAGGAAUACUAAUCUUUAUGUGCUAAAAGCUGGUAUCGAACUUGAUAACAGAUUUGUUGUUCCUUAUAACUUACAAUUACUCAUCAAAUAUCAAGCUCAUAUUAAUGUUGAGUGGUGUAAUAAGUCAAGGCUCAUCAAAUAUCUAUUCAAGUAUAUCAACAAAAGCCCAGAUAGAUCUGCAGUUGUUAUAGAAAAUAAUGUUACUUACGACAUCUCAAAUCUUCGUCGCCAAUAUAAGCAUGUCGAUGAAAUUAAACAAUACUUGGAUUGUAGGUAUUUAUCAGCCUAUGAAGCAGUUUGGAGAUUAUUUGAAUUUGAUAUCCAUUUUAGGCAACCGUCUGUUGAACGGUUAGGUGUUCAUCUACCCAUGAUGAAUAACGUUACAUAUCAUGGUUCUCAAAAUUUAAUUAAUGUUGUUAAUCGUCCUAACAUUGAGAAGACGAUGUUUACUGAAUGGAUGCAUACCAAUUUGGCAUAUGAUGACGCUCGACAACUAACAUAUGCAGAAUUCCCAACUCAAUGGGUUUGGCAUUCAACAGAUAAAUUUUGGUCAAGACGAAAACGGGGCUACCAUAUUGGCAGAAUAAUUUACAUUCAUCCAAAUGCAGGAGAAUUAUAUUUUUUGCGUAUGCUUUUAAAUGUGGUUAAAGGCCCAAGAAGCUAUGUAGAAAUUAGGACUGUCAAUGGUGUCACAUAUGAUACAUUUCGCUCUGCAUGUGACGCCUUUGGUUUGCUUGGUGAUGAUAAAGAAUGGCGUGAAGCAUUUGAAGAAGCCUCACAUUGGUCAGGGUCAGUUGAAUUAAGGCAGUUAUUUGCAACAUUAGUGAUAUAUUGUGAGGUUGCAGAUCCUCUAAAAUUGUGGGAUGAAUUUUGGACAUUAAUGGCCGAUGAUAUAUUAUAUAGAUUGAAGCGAGCUCUUGGUGUUGUAAAUCUCCAGAUACCUCAAAUCGAACUUCAAAAUCAUGUUCUAUUUGAACUGGAAGUUCUAUUCAACAAAAACAACUGUUCACUUUCGCAGUAUAACCUCCCAAUUCCCAACCGAUCAAUUUUCGGUGAAUUGAAUAAUAGAUUACUUGCAGAAGAAUUGGAUUACAAUAGAGAUGAAUUAUUGCAAGAAUAUAUUGGAUUAUUUGGCGGGUUAAACAACGAACAGAGAAUUGUGUAUAACACAGUUCUAGCAGCUGUGUAUCAAAAUACUGGAGAUAUUAUAUUUGUUUAUGGUCAUGGUGGGACAGGUAAGACAUACCUAUGGAAGACUAUUAUUACAAAAUUACGUUCAGAAGGCCGAAUUGUUUUGGCUGUGGCUUCUUCUGGAAUAGCAUCCCUUCUAUUACCUGGAGGCCGAACAGCCCAUUCAAGAUUUAAAAUUCCUAUAAGAGUUGAUGAUUGCUCAACUUGUGAAAUCAAAAAGGGCACGCAACUUGCAAAUUUAAUUACACAAGCUGCCUUGAUUAUUUGGGAUGAAGCUCCGAUGAAUCAUAGAAAUUGUUUUGAGGCCUUGGAUAAAUCACUAAAGGAUAUUUCAGAAACUAAUGGCUCAAGUGUUUGUGAUAAAUUGUUUGGAGGAAAAACAGUCGUUUUCGGUGGAGAUUUUAGGCAGAUUCUUCCGGUUAUUGUUGGCGGAACUAAACAAGACAUUUUAAACGCAUCACUUCCCAGGUCAUAUAUAUGGAGCAAAUGUAAAGUCUUUCGCCUUACUACAAAUAUGAGAUUGUUGCGAGGUUCAAUGAAUAACACAAUAGACACUUCUUUAGCUGAGUUUAGCCAAUGGGUGCUUGACAUUGGUGAUGGAAAAAUAAAUUCUGUUAAGUUAGAUGGCGAAGAGGAACCAAGUUGGAUAAAAAUUCCUGAUGAUAUGUUGAUAAAAGCCAGUCAAAAUAGCAUCGAAACAAUUAUUUCAGAAAUAUAUGAUAACAUUGGAGAAAAUUACAACAACCCUGAUUACUUGCGAGAUAGAGCUAUCAUUACACCUAGAAAUGAAAGUGUUGAUGAGGUUAACAAUUAUGUACUUUCUAUGGUCCAAACAGAAGAGCAGUUAUAUUUAAGCUCAGAUUCCAUAUGCGCCUCAUCAAAAAAUGCUGAAGAGAAUAAUAUACUUUAUCCGGUCGAUUUCUUAAAUUCUUUGAAAUUUAAUGGAGUGCCAGAUCACAAAUUGUUGCUCAAAAUAGGAACUCCAAUAAUGCUGCUUCGCAAUAUUAAUCAGAAUUCCGGUUUAUGUAACGGUACUAGAUUGAUUAUAACUCAGCUAGCUCCUAGAGUUAUUGAAGCACAGAUUUUUACCGGCAACCACAUCGGCGAGAAAGUUUAUAUCCCUCGGAUAGUCAUGAAUGUAACAGAAUCAAAAUGGCCCUUUGUAUUAAAAAGAAGACAAUUCCCAGUUCGUGUGAGUUACGCAAUGACAAUUAACAAAAGUCAAGGGCAGACAUUGAAAAAAGUUGGGCUUUAUUUAUCGCACCCUGUGUUUUCACACGGUCAACUUUAUGUGGCAGUUUCGCGAGUAACCUCAAGAAAAGGCUUAAGAAUUCUGCUUAAGCAUAAAGAUAAAGAACCUGAAGGUCCAAUGGAGAAUGUCCUUUUAUCGCAGUUAACAUUAUAUCAAAAAGAAUGCAGAAUCAAAGUACGCAUAUGCCGGCUAUGGCAAUCAACUGCCCCAUUUUUGAAAGGAGAUAUUUUCAGUCUAGAAUGCCUGUUGGUAGAUGAAAAGGGUUUUCCUAUGCAAGCAACAAUACGCAAGCAGGAUGCAGAAGAAUUUCAAUGUCGAAUUAUAGAAGGCGCUGUGUAUCUAAUAGAAAAAUUCAGUGUUAUCCCAAAUGUUAUUGGAAAACUUUCUGCUGUCAGUGAAAUAACCCACAGAUAUAUUGGACAAACUCUUACUCCAAUUAGAAAUUUGGAGAUACAAGAUUUAUACAAAAACACCCUAUCUGUGACGCUCUGGGAUAAAUUUGCUGCGGAUUUCGAUGAAAAACUUAUUUCUGGAGAAGGAACUAAGAGUUCUGUUAUCAUAAUUCUUGCCGGAAUGACAGUCCGCACAUUUAAGGGUUGA